AUGUCCAUUAUAUCAAUCAACGGAAACCAAGUGGAUCCCGAGGAACAACGUCCAGUACUUCAGGCUUUAGAUCUCGAGUCAGAGGAUGCCGCUAAAUCAGACUAUAUCCUGGUGCAGUCAGUCGAGCCACUGUCAAAUGAGCAGGAAGACGAGCUCGAAAGGCUAGGCGUUAAUAUACAGGAGUAUGCUUCCAAGAACACCUACCUUUGUGGUUUUAAGGGCACCGACCUCGAUCCCAUCCGUCGUCUCCCAUAUGUCUCCUGGGUCAACGUCUAUCUAGACAUGUUUGUCAUUCAGUCUAGCCUGAAAGCCCCCGCCGGAACUAUGGAGCUGUCGCCAUUUCCCGCAGUGCCAAAAGACCGAAUCUCUCAAACAGUUGACGUCCUUCUUCAUAAGGAAGUUGACGCUAGGUCUUCACGUGUUCUCUCGGAAAUUGCUGCAGCCGCGCACGCUAACCCUGACACAUUGGAUGCUGGGUCUUCAAAGAUUCGUUUAAUGUUCAAAAUCAAUAUUUGGAGGGACUGGCCGCCCUUGACGGAGUCAAGGCCAUCCAUCCAGUUUAUCCGGCGCGGCUCUUCAACAACCGGGCAACGCAAAUUCUCGGGGCCCCUGUCCAGAUGGGUUCUCCGCGGUGAUGGGGGAAACAUCCGUGGCACAGCACCAAAGGCUACUCUGGUAGUGCAAUCUCUUCUUGACCGAAACAAUAAUCUGGGUGGAAUCCCAACCGACUUUGGCCAGCUUUUCGCUCCUCCAUAUCAAACAAACGGUGCUCGAAUCCACACCAACUCAUGGGGAUCUUCUGCCACUGGAAGGAGACAGCUGCCCUAUAUUGCUGCUAGCGGAGAAAUUGACAAGUUCGUCUGGGACCAUCAGGACAUGGUGAUCCUCUUCGCCGCCGGAAAUGAUGGAAUUGAUGCUGACAGGAACGGCAUCGUUGAUCCAAGGCAGAUCGGAGCUGAGGCAGCCGCGAAGAACUGCAUCACCGUUGGGGCAAGCGAGAACAAUCGUCCGGAGAUUCCUGUCGCUUAUGGUCCCCGAUGGCCAAGCGGUCCCAUUAGCAAGGAUCUGAUGGCGGACCAUGCCGAAGGCCUGGCAGCCUUCAGCAGCCGCAGACCUACUCUGGAAUCUCGCAUUAAACCUGAUAUCGUUGCGCCUGGAACCGCGAUAUUAUCGACAAGGUCUAGAAAUAUGGUUAAUGCUGACGCCAACUUUGGUGCAAGUCAGGAUGCUGAGUGGUGGUUCCUGGCUGGCACUAGCAUGGCGACUCCUCUGGUGGCGGGAUGCAUUGCUGUCCUGAGAGAGACGCUAGUUAAAAGCGGAGUAGAGAAUCCUAGUGCAGCUCUUCUCAAAGCAAUGAUGAUCAACGGAGCGGUUGAACUAUCUGGGCAGUAUGUUCCAAGCGAAGCUGGUCCAUCUCCCAAUUGUAACAGCGGCUUUGGUCGAGUGAAUCUAUCCAACUCAGUGAUCUUGCCAAACCAAACCGACUGUGGAUAUCGCGAGGGAGGACCGCUCACGCAAGGUGCGAGCGAGGAGAUCGUGGUAGAUAUUCCAAGUAAGGGACAUCUCCUGAGGGUCCAGGGAAGGUCAAGCAGCACCACUGCGUCCAACGGCGCAGUACUGAAGGUGUCUUUGGUCUGGACAGAUCCCCCAGGGGAGACCCUUCAGAAUGAUCUGGACCUAAUUGUGGUCAGUUCGGAUGGUACUGAAAAACAUGGCAAUAUGGGUGACAAGCCAGAUUUUGAUCGGGUCAACAAUGUGGAACAGGUUGAGUGGACGGAUAUCCCUCUUGGGAAAGUCAAAAUCAUCGUGCGUGCGUAUCACAUCUUCAACCGUACGUCUGCCCAGCCCUACGCACUUGUCUGGAGUAUCAAUCGCCCCUCGAAGUAG